AACAUUGAUCCUGCUUGUGUUCCCAAGGCCUUUGCGGACAUGCUCAGGGCGAACAAAACACUGAAGAGCCUCAACGUUGAGUCCAACUUCAUCACCUCCGCUGGGAUCCUGGCGCUGGUGGAUGCGCUUCGAGAGAAUGAAACCCUCACUGAGAUCAAAAUUGAUAACCAGAGGCAGCAGCUGGGGACCCCGACGGAAAUGGAGAUCGCAAAGAUGCUUGAGGAAAACACCAAGAUCCUUAAGUUUGGGUAUCACUUCACGCAGCAGGGACCACGGACAAGAGCAGCCAACGCCAUCACAAAAAAUAACGAUCUAGUUCGCAAGAGGAGAGUGGAAGGAGACCAUCCGUAAAUCUUCCUGCCGCCAGAUGUGCAAAAUGCGGAGGACGCGGAGCUCCCCGACUACAUCUGCUUUGCUUGGGCUUCCACCACCCCAAGAUUUCUUCUUACCUGGGUAGAAGGGAAAAGACUGGAAUUGCCAUUCCUCUUUGUUUGUUUCCUCCUUUUGUGUCCUUGGGACUUAAUGUGGUAAUGUUCUAUUGUUAUAUAUGAUAACCAACGCCUGAAUAUCUUUUGAUCCCCAUCCGGCCAAGAUCGUUUCUUGAAAAAACCCUUUUCUUUCCAAACUUGGGGAAGAUGCCUUCCAGAAAGAUAAGCACCAAUGCAGAAAUCUGUAUCACAUGCAGUCAGCAAGCAAAUGGAUCUAAACCAGUGGUUCUCGACCUUCCUAAUGCCGCGACCCCUUAAUGCAGUUCCUCAUGUUGUGGUGACCCCCAACCACAACAUCAUUUUUGUUGCGACUUCAUAACUUCAUGAAUCAUAAUGUAAAUAUAUAAUAUGCAGAAUGUAUUUUCAUUCACUGGACCAAAUUUGGCACAAAUACCCGAUACACCCAAAUUUGAUACUGGUGGGAUUGAUUUUGUCAUUUGGGAGUUGUAGUUGCUGGGAUU